AUGCCACCACCGAGGGUGCAAACGGAGGGCUACUGCCCCGGCCGCUACCUCGCUGGCGCCGUCCAAGGCUCUCAAGACGGGGGCGAGCGCCACGCUGCACGCACGGCGCAGAUCCCGGCCGGAGGGCCUCAGGCGGUGGAGACGACCGUCACGAGCUACCGGGAAGCAUUGGCCCGGGGGUGCGAGUGGUCCCAGGCACAGAUGGACACGGGCGAUGCCAGCCAGAGCAGCAUAGUGGAGGCUGCUCGGUCCGGCGUUGAGGGAGAGACUGGUCGAGGCAGCGAGGAGCACGCUGCCCGGCCGGAUGCCGGAGAAGACGCCGGUCGAGGCGGCGCGGAGAACGCCACUCAGUUGGGAGCCGGAGACGACACCGGCCGAGGCAGCGUUGAUGACGCCACACAGCCGGGAGCCGGCGGAGAGGAGACUGGUGGGGACGCAUCGGAGUGCCCCGCCAGCCAAACGGGGGGAGAGGUCCCCAUCCCCGAGCCCAUGGUGGCUGGGGCCGAGGAUGCUGCAGCAGCGGCAAUGGCGCAGACGGCGCCUUUGGUGGUGCCAGCAGAGGAGACACCGACGGAGGUGAUGCCAGAGGCGGCGGCACCGGCGCGGCUCGUAGACCCCUGGGAGGUUGCCGCCGCGGCCGCCGUGGCCGGUGCCCUGCUGGUGAUGGAGAUGCCGGCGGGGGACCCCAGGGAGGUCGCCACCGCGGCCGCCGGCAUUGCGUCCGCAUCCGAGGGUGGCCUCGGUGCCAGGCCGUCCGAGGAGCCCGGGCACAAGGACAACUUGGCGAUGUACAAGGCCUGGGCGGAGAAUUACAAGGUCAACGAUGAGAUCUACAAUGCCCUCACGCUCGCCCUGGACCUCUACCAGGGGAGGAGUUUCCAAGUCAGCGAUAAAGACAAGGUGCUCGAGGCGAAGGAGGCCGAGCUCCAGGGCAAGGAGGCGGCUGUCACGACGCUGACCGAGACCCUCAUGAAAAAGACGUCGUCCUCGAGGCACGAGAGGUGGCCGUUCGGGACGCAGAGGCCACCCUCAAAGAGAAGGAAGCCUCCUUCACUGAGGAAGGCGGUUGCGGACGAGACCGCGGUGAAAGAUGCCCUCCAGGUCGCAUAUUCAUCGGCGCAAAAUAACCUCCUGGACCUGGAGGGUGCCGCCGUGGCCGCGUGCCAAGAACUCGAGGGGGAAGGGGGCUUAUCUGGGAGCUCGGUGGCCAGUCACAUGCGAUCCUUGAGCGGUCAGGUGGCCGAGCGUCUCAAAAGUGCCUUCCGCCUCGGCGUUCAAAGGGCCCUCGGCGUGGUGUCGACGCACUACGUCAUGGACCUCGAGCAGGUGGCGACGGGCUACGUCGUCACGCCUGGCAUCGAGGGAGAUGCUGCGAUGGCCGCUAUGGAGCAGGCCGACGCCGCCGUUGAGGGUGCUGCUUCCGCUUUGUCCGUGCUGCUCGACGGCGACCUCCUCCCUUACGUUGAAGAUGACGCAGCCGAGGGUGCACGCGACGGAGAGGGGGAUCUGUAG